UUGGCCUGGAGUGUGAGCACGUCUGUUCUUGCCCGUUUCAGAAAAAAGACUGUGAUGGUCUUCAGGAAUGUUAUGUGCCCCAUAGACACGAAUGGAAUUGUAGAUAUGUCUGCAUCAAUCCCUAUUUCGACCAAGGAUGUGCCUCUAUGCACCAGCGUACGUGUCGACCGGAGUUCUGUCACAAUGUCGAGAGCUCAUGCUUGGAGUGCAUGCCACCAUAUAGGGUGUGCGAAAACGAUGCUCAGCAUAAAUACACGGACAUUGCCAACCCGCUUAUUAGAGACUGCGAACAUGGAACCUACGGCCAGGGUUGUGGCUUAAACUGUAGCGUCAAAUGUGAGAAUCAGACCUGUGACAGCAUCACAGGCCGGUGUUUGAGUUGUCCCCCUGGAUGGCGGGGAGACUACUGUGAACAGGAUUGUGAUAAACACUACUACGGAAAAAACUGUACGGAAACUUGCAGCGAAAACUGCGUCGACCAGCUGUGUAACAUAACAGAUGGCGUCUGUCUAAGCUGUCCUGUUGGGCGUCUGGGCGACUUCUGCGAUGAAGAAUGUAGCGACACAACGUUCGGGCCCAACUGCAAACAACAAUGUGACCCUGAUUGUGUGUACGCAGCCAUUGAGAACAAACGCCUGUGUGACGUCAUCACCGGAGAUUGUGUUUUAAAAAGCAAAUUUCCAGCUGACCCAAAUGUUCCUAAAGAUGUGGCCGAGACUGGCUUGCCAAGAGAAAAAUUGAACAGUCAGGACAAGGACUCGAUUGAAGACAAGGUUGAUACAUAUAUACUGUAUUUACUGAUUGUGCUGCUCGCAUUACUUAUUGCAAUCCUGGUCAUCUGCAUAUUCAUACGCAGAAAAAGGAAAACAGUUAAGACGGAGGCUGUCGAAGAUACGUCAGUGCCCAUCGCGAAUCUCAAGGUCUACAUACUAGGACACAACAAGGAAUUCUUUCUUAACCAGUUCAAGGUAGUCACUAAAAAAAUGAAUUAUUUCUUCUUUUUCGUUUCUUUGAAAUUUAAUUGUGUGUUUACUUCAAGUAUAUUUUAA